AGAAGGACUCAGGUUCCUGCAGAGGCCCAGGAUGGGCCCGUUACCCAAAGCCUCUGCCUUUGAUCUCACCCUAACAAAGGCUUCCUGAUGGUCCCAGUUCAGCUGAAGGGCGGGUCACAGAGUCUCUGUUUGCUCUGGGUUGGGAUCCUUGUAUUUGCCAGCUGGGCUGAUUUGCAUGUUCAGCAUCCUGCCCCCCCUUCUCUCCCCCACACCACACCCCAGUAUGUCUAUAAAUACCCCUGGGAGAGAGCACCCUGUACAGGCUGAGCUCCGAUCCUCAUCGCUCCAGACCCGCCACCCAGACAGACAGACAGACAGGGGAAACGAGAAGAUGGGGCCAGUUGCCUACUUCAGCCUCUGCCUCCUCGGCUGCCUGAACUUUAGCCCCUCGCUGGCAGGGGCACGAGAUGUGACCUGUCCCGAGGGCUGGCUGCUCUUCCAAGGCAACUGCUAUGGAUACUUCUUCCAAGAGAAAACCUGGAUAGAGGCUGAGGUUGAGUGCCGGCGCCAUGGGAACGGGGCCCAUCUCGUCUCCAUUCACAGUACUGGAGAAAAUAAUGUGUUGGCUCUUUAUGUCAAGCGGUACCACAGAAGGAACAGUCCCGUCUGGAUCGGACUGUUGGAUCUUGAGGAGAAUCAAAGCUGGAGAUGGGCCGAUAAAUCCCUGGUCAGCUUCAGUGGUUGGGAUAACGGGCAACCUGAUAAUCAGAACCUAAACGAGGCCUGUGUAGUGUUAGAAAGUCCAGGUUUUCAGAAAUGGCAUGAUUAUCCCUGUGAACACAGACACUCUUUCAUUUGUAAGCGCAAACCCUAGGGGAGGCAGCUUGCCUGCACCUGGGGAUUCGGUCCCUCUGGCUGCCCUGGGGGACCAGGUCCUGUGUCCCCGGCUGCAAAGCCCCUUUGGCAAAGCAUCGCUGUGUUAUGCUGUGUCACUCCCGCUCUGCUGUGCCCCCUUCUCUCUCUGUCGCACCUCUGCUCUGCUCUUCUCAGCAA